GCAGGGGUAUUGACUUAAUUGGUAAACAGCUGUCAGCGAAGCAAACAAAUUUAAAUAACUAAAUGCACACAUAAAACUUGAUAUGAUGAACUCGACUGGUAAAUGCUGGGCUACUGGCCUUUUACAUACCAUUAAAGAUGCUAAGAAUCUUAUAAUAUCAUCUGAAGAUGCUGUAGUGAUAAACGACAAGUAUCCGAAGUCACAGCAUCAUUAUCUCGUACUGCCAAAAGCCGACAUUCCGGAUAUUUUCCAUCUAAAUCAAAGCCACCUACCAUUGCUAGAGGAACUAUUUCUGCUUGCACAAAAUGUGAUUGAGGCAAAGCGUUGCCAUUUAGACGAUUUCAAAAUUGGAUUUCAUGCACAACCUAGCAUGCAAAGAUUACACUUACAUGUGAUUUCCAAAGAUUUCGUAUCAGACUGUCUUAAAACCAGGAAGCACUGGGCUAGUUUCAACACUAAAUUGUUCCUGUAUUAUCAAGAUGUGUAUGGGCUGAUAAAGGCAGGAGACCGGAUCCAACGACUUGACAAGGAAAUAGUGCACCAGUUGUAUGCCUCUGCUCUGGAUUGUAAUCAGUGCAAGUUUGUGGCAAAAAAUGUACCAGACUUAAAACGACAUCUACUAGAACACUGGUCCCAUAAGCAAUAACAAAUAUCAAUACAAUGAUAUUUAAAAAUAAUUCAUUAUUGUUUAAAUACUUAACAUAUUUAUUAGUAAUUUUACAGAAAUUAAGAUAUUUCUUCUUUACUUAA